AUCAUCUGCUGUAGUGAGGACAGGCAGGUACAGCUUGCAGCGUGGCAAGAUCGGGCUGUUAGAUGGAGCCAUUUGAGUUACGGUUUCACCAGGUUAAUUUUGAGGCAGAAGAUAUUCCACAGAACCAGACCCUUGACUCCUUCAGCAAUGUGGUCUCUUAUCAAUAUGAUGAGCUCUUGAGCAGUGCUAAUGGCACAGCAGUGAAUCAGUCAAAUGUACAGGAGGAUCAAGGGCAAUGGGCUCCUCUUGUUUCUGCUUAUAAUGCUGAUACUGUGCUGCCCUCUAGAGUUCACAGUGGGCAAAUUGUUGAAACCAAAGUUGUGGAUGUACAUUUAGAGAACAAUGUCCAUUUCAAUCACCUAGGUAGCUCAAGAUCACAUUCCAGAAGUUCACCAAUACACAGGACAAUAAAGAUAGAAGAAGUAGCCACUAACUUUCACUCUGCCAGUAGACCUAGCGUAGAGGGUGCUGACGAGACAUCUGAACCAGAGCUUGUUGAAGAGGCUCUCCCUGGCGUGUUCUCUACUUGCUCCUACCACUCAACACUUCACAAUGACAUAAUUCACAAUUCCAGUUCAUCAGACACAACAGAAAGGAACGGGACUGCAGCUAUAAUGGAACACAACGAAAGCUUUACAAGGACCAGUUCCUCAGAUAGUUUUACUGCAUUCACCAACACAGUGGAUGCCCUGGCAUUGCAAAAGUCAGUUAUAG